UUUAGUAGUGGGGACGAAAAGCAUCAGUAGAUGACUGAUUCCGGGAGAUGGCAGUAAUAAUACCAAGUGGAUGUCGGCAGCUAAAUACUUCUCUGAAGAAGAAGACGCAACAACAUCGACAGCAGCAGAAGAAUAGCUAACGCUACUCGCUGGUCGGAAAUAUCGUCUUUCUCCACCGUGCUUGUGUGGCUUCAGAAGUAUAUGGAUCAACAUGUGUAAUACAAUGGGACAUGUAGCCGUCGUGUGAACACAGUGUCAGGACAAGUUGAUAUACACAGCUUCAUUCAGACCCAAGGCCACCAGACCUGCAAUUAUGCCACAGCCCAGAAUGAUGCUGGUGGUGACUGGAGAUGAUUUUGGUUACUGUCCAAGGAGGAACCAGGGAAUUGUGGACUGUUUCCAGGCUGGAGGCAUUUCCAAUGUAUCACUGCUGGUUAACACCACUGCUGCAAAAGACGCAGCUGAUCUAGCUAAACGACAUAACAUACCUGUUGGCCUCCAUGCCAACCUGUCUGAGGGAAUUCCAGUAUGUCAGAGUGUCCAGCAGGCCUCCACUCUGAUAAACCACCAUGGCUUCUUUCAUGGGAAGAUGGGCUUUCGUCAGGCCCUGGAGAGAGGUCAACUCAGCAUGAAACAGGUGGAGCUGGAAUUGAGUGCCCAGGUCAGACAAUUCAGGGAGCUUACAGGUCACCUGCCACAUCACAUGGACGGACACCAGCACAUCCAUGUACUACCAGAGGUGCGUGAGGUGUUUGCACAGGUGCUGUCAGAUUUCAGCAUUCCAUACACUCGUGUUCCAGUGGAGCCAGGUUUACACAGCUGCCCGUGGCUACCAGUGCACCUUCAAAGAUUCUGUACACAGGUGGAGAAGGACGCCUUGGACUCCAUCCCUGUGUUCACACGCUAUGGAAUCAGGUGGCCAGAUGUGUACCUGGGACUGACCACAAUGGGUCAGAACAUGUCUGUCCCCAACCUGCAGAGGGCCCUCAGCCAUGCUUUGGCGGCCGACCAUUCAGGCACUACCUCCAGCAGUGCAUCAGGUUCAAAUCAAUCUGUGGUCACAGCAGAGCUCAUGGUUCACCCAGGUUACCCCAGUCACCCAGAGGAAGGAGGCUGUGGAGAGGGUCCUGAUGAUUUCUCCCAGUCAGCGGACAGACAGCAUGAGCUGAACGUGCUUAGAGAACCAUCCCUGCUGGCCCUCUAUAGUCAGGAGAGAGUGCAGCUCUGUGCAUUCAAAGACCUCUGACUACUGCUGUGUAAGAAUCUAAUGUAAACACUACACUACUGCAGAGAGCAAGCUGGAAACCUUAUCUUCCAGGUUCUGUUCUAGUGGUAAAAAAAAACUUAUUUCUGAGUCAAAUUGACAUUUGCUAGAAAUCAGUAUAAUCCUAUAAAUGUAAUUUGCAGUAUGUUUAAUGAAUACGGUUCAACCCAAGGCAGUCACAGCUUCACUAUUUAUUCUACGCUGUACUUAUCCAAUACAGUGUAGAAGUAAACGGCUGAGAUCUGGGAACAUAGUGGUACAAUAUGGUCCUUUGAGUAUUCCAAUAAGUCCAGGUAAUAAACAAAUAUGAGCAGUCAGAUGAUCAGGCAUGCCGGUGAGACAACUUCAUUUAGUUCAUUUUCAUCAUCCUUCAUUUUAUUGAUCCAUAAUCUGCUUCAUCCUUGACCUGCUGUACUCACUGUAGCUGUGAACACACAGGGGCAAUGGCGGAUUAUUAGAGCGGGGUACACUCACAUAAAGUGGUUUAGUUAGAUUUGAAUAAACCCUUGGUUUGUGUUGACACAUUGUCUGACCUCACAAUAAUGAUGUCACCAUGUUUCUAGAUCUCAGCUUUUACUUGGUGAUUAACAGAUAUUGUUAUUGACUAAUCAAAGUAUACCCAAUUGUAAUAACCUGUAGUUUUCCUUUAGGUGAAUUAGUAUCUGAUCUUGAGGUCCUGCUUGAAAAUAUAUUUCAAGACCUCCAUUAUUUCAGCUUUGUCCUUAAGUUUUGAAAAUUGCUCCAUGUGUAUGUUUUAUAAAAUUACAACACAGAACUUUAUGGUCAGGUACUAAUUAUUGAAUCUUAGUAAAAACGGGCUAACAAGGCCCCUGCAGUGUAUUUAUUUCUUGCAUGUCUAACAGUUGAAUCUUAAUAUUUGUGUGGUUUUUCUAUAAAGGGUCAAGGGAUGAUUUCUAAUGAUCUGAGGUCUGUAUAGCACAAGUAGCGACGAACAUCUCGUCAGUGUGUGUCUAAGGGAAUACUAUUUUAACAUUCACAUUUAAAAAUCAACUGUAACAGUAUGUUUGUAAUUUUUAUGGCCAUUGUCUGUAUAUCUACAGUAGAAUUUAAUGUUUCUUUCCUAACUUAAUAUUUUAAUUGAAUGAUCAUUUUUGUAAUCAGCAAGUAGCAUUUAAAACUGAAUCGCCAAUAUAAAAUAUGAUAUCCUCCAUGGUUUUCAAGGGACUUAUGUUCUGUCUUGGUGACAGGGAGUGGUAGUGGCACUCAGGAGUUAGAAAUUAUUUGAAAGAAUUUUAUAUUGUUUAAACAGAGAUUUUAUUUGUUUCCGGGCUGUGAUGUGUUUCGAAACCCCAUAUUUAUAGAUCUUGAUGAAUGCACUUUUUAAAAUAAUCUCUUAAAAAAUAAUAAAUUCCCGAAAGGAUUAUAAUUCAUGCAGCAAAA